UCAAAAUUCACUCUACCUGUUUCAUAAAAAUCCAAUUUCUUUAUACUUAUAUAUUCGAGAAUAUUAUCGAUCAUAAUCGAAUUGAUCGAAUGACCGUGACAAGAAGUUAUACCCACGUAUACCGGACUACCGUCGAUUAGAUCGUAAACGUUUUAGCGUUGUUACAUGAUGAAGGAAAUAAAAUAUCGAAAGGCGUCGUCGUCGUCAUCAUCGUCGUCGUCGUCGUCGUCGUCGUCGUCGUCGUCGUGUCGUUUGAGAAAGAUAAGCUGACUCUUAGAGUCUCGGUGGAGUUUUUGAAACGUCGAGUGGACGGUACUCGGUCUCGACCAAGGACAGCGAUGUAUUGCAACCGCAGCGAGGUCUCUUGAGCCUUUUUGUUUGCUUCGAGGCUACCUUCAGAACCGUGCCCCGUUCGAACGAAGGGCAAGGAUAACGUUCAUCGUCCUUCAUCGAGAUAAAACAUAGAACUUCUCUUGACACAAGUGGGCUACUUUAAAACAAAGCGAUUGAUUGAUGAUUUUGAUAUGCUAUCGUUUCGAGAGGUUCCACCGACGCAGUCCUCAACGUGUCACCGUUCACGGCCAUUCUAUGUUUCGGCUAGUCGAUCGACCUCUCAGUUUCAGGCAGCGCGCCAACGAGUGGAUAUAUAAGAUGUUAUUCCUCUGGUCGAAGGAACCGGCGGCAGAUCCUAGGACCAGUCCGUGGUUCGCUUGGUUCGCUACCGCGGUAAUACUCUGGCGUUGCAGAAGACGAAUUACAAAAGCUAUUUUGGCAGUAUCACCGUUUAGACUGUUAAAAAGACGGAUGUUGGUUGCGUUACUGAAAGGAAAAACUUCGUCAGUGGUAAUGAAGCCAAUGAGGACAACAACGAUGACGAAUAUGGCGACGACAACGACGACAGCGACGGCGACAACGAUGACGACAAACAAAAUGAAACAGCAACAGUUGCAAUUAAAACAGCAACACGGUAUUUUGUUAGGUCACUAUUGUAAUCGGCAGCUACAACAACUACAAGAACACAAUUGCAAGACUACAACCGGUAUCAAGACUCGGGUAAAACGAUUGUGUACAGGCGAUGGUCCACACGUCUCGCCAUCCUCGUCCUCGACCCAAACGAAUCAUCAGAUCAAUUAUAGAGUAACCAGAAGCGGCAGAAUUUAUGGGAAAUAUCAUAACAGAAUUGUUUCGACGGAACUUCGAUGAUCAGAACGAUCAUUGAUCAUUUUCUUGUUCGUUCGUUUACUUUCUUCCUCAUCGUAGUUUCUCCUUAACGUGCUAAUCGUCAACAUAUAUGUGUACAUAUAAAGCGUAUCACUAUUCUCUUAAGCUUGUGUAAUCCUUUGUUUGAAACUAUAAGAAUUGCUAAACACCGAUUAUGAAUAUAA